AUGAAACGCCCUAAGGCCUACGAGAGAUAUGCUAAUAACAUCCUGCCACAGACGCCAGCUGAUAAAACUUUCAAGGACACUGUGGCAUAUCUCACCAAGCUCUUCGGGAAAGGUGAAUCUCUUUUCUGCACCCGCAGAAAAUGCCUCCAACUUUCCAUUAAGGAGUCAGACGAUUUAGCCACUCACGCUGGCAUCUGCACACCUGACCACUUCAAGGCUCUGAUAUUUGUGCUGAGUCUACAAAGUGACAAAUAUCUCCUUGUCCGGGAACAGCUGCUCACAAAACUGGAAACAGAAUCUCCGGAAACAAUCAACCUGGAAUUCAUGUUGGAAGAAGCCAAGCAUCUCCUGAAUGUGAAAAAUGAUUCCAAGGUGGAAAAUCCAUCAGCCUCAUUUGUGAGAGAUUGUCACCACUCUGAAUCCAAAUGCCUUGACUGUGGUAAAACUGGACACAAAACUGGCUAUUGUCCUCCUCAACGGGACCCUGGGCGACAAAAUUCAAAGGCAUCUAAGCAACAAAAGAAGAGUCGACCAAAGAGCAAAGGGAAAUCAAAUGCCCGGACGAAUGCAAUUUUUUCUCCUCGACAAUUUGGCAGAAAAUUUCUCAUUCCCCGGAUCAAUGACUGUGCAUUGGAAUUCCAACUGGAUUGUGCAGCUGAUAUCUCCGUGAUCUCACGUGAGUCUUGGGAAAUUCUUGGGAAGCCGUCACUCUCCCAAUCAGCCAUCAGCGUGCGUGAUGCUCAGUCACAGCAGUGGGCCUAUUCUGCUGUUGAAACGGAGCUUAUCACGCCUAAAAAUCACGAUUUUGCAAUAAGGGCCCAGAUUUCCAUUGAUGGAGAAUUUAAAUGCCACGUAAGCAUUUUGCACAAAGAGAUCGUGAGUACAUGCCUCGUGUCACCCAAGACACGAACAAAUCUCUUUGGAGUCGAGUGGAUUGAGGCCCUAGGAUUGUGGGACAUUGCCCCUAGCAAGUACUGCAAUUCCAUCAAGCGCGAUUUGGACACAUCAGAAGUAGUGAUUCCAGAACCGGGUACCCGACCCGGCUGUCAGGUAUCUCCAGAAAUUAUUCCCGGUCGUGUUUGGUACAAAGAUUGGUCUGUGCACGAAAGCCACAGCCACCAUUCACCUCCAGCCCAAUUCCCCAAGCGUCCUGUGGCGUACCACAUGACCUCUGCAAUCGAUGAUGAGCUCCAGAGAUUGCAAUCCUCAGGGAUUAUCUCACCAGUUGAGUACUCUGAGUGGGCUGCACCGAUAGUUGUCGUGAAGAAACCCAACGGAAGUCUGAGAAUUUGUGGGGAUUACUCAACGGGGUUGAAUGAGUCUGUGGAGACUAACCAUCACCCAAUCCCUGAACCGGAUGCCUUGUUCAGCAAUCUCUCGAACAAGCGACUGUUCAGCCACAUCGAUCUCUCGGACGCCUAUCUCCAGAUUCCAGUUGAUAAGGAUUCGAGCAAAUUGUUGACGAUUCACACCCCUCGCGGCCUCUAUCGUUUCAACAGACUACCUCCUGGAAUCCGAAGUGCACCAGGCAUCUUCCAGGCAAUUGUCGAGAGGAUGCUGCAGGGAAUUCCUGAUGUGGUGUCCUACUUUGAUGAUGUUUGUGUCGCUAGUGCCACUCCCGAGGAACAUUUCUCCACACUGAAGAGAGUUUUUGAGCGUAUGCAAGAGUUUAACUUCAGAGUCAAAUUGGAGAAAUACAAAGACGGACUUCGACCAGACCCUGAGAAGAUCAAUGCCAUCCAAAUGAUGCCUGCCCCGAAGAAUGUUCAGGAACUGCGUAGCUUCCUGGAAGCAAUCCAAUUCUGGGGGAAAUUUGUCCAAUCCAUGAGUGAACUCCGAGCACCUUUGGACUACCUGCUCAAGAAAGGUGUGAAAUGGAGGUGGACACGUGAGUGUGAGGAAUCCUUCAAUCGCUUCAAGGACAUUCUUGGCUCAGAGCUCCUACUCACUCACUAUAACCCUCAACUUUCCAUUUUAGUUGCAUCCGAUGCAUCGUCGCACGCAAUUGGUUGCGUCGCAUAUCAUGAGUUUCCGGAUGGCACUCAAAAAGCCUUUUAUCAUGCCUCAAGGAAGUUGACGGACACUGAAACCAAUCGCUUGCAAAGAUGGGCAUUGAUCCUGCUGACAUACGACUUCACUAUCAAGUACACGGCUACUGAUCGUUUUGGGCAUGCGGACAUUCUCUCCAGGCUGAUAUCCUCUCAUCGACAGCAGCAGGAUGAUGAUGUGAUUGCAGAGAUCCGCGCAGAUAAAGCCCAGGAUGAUGCCGUAGUUCGAGAUACAGCAUCACAACUUCCCGUGAGCUUCAAGAUGAUCCAGAAUGCCACGAAGGACAGACUGGCAAUUCCUGAUGGCUUCCGGCCAAAAAUCCUCCAGCAACUCCAUGAGUCUCACCCAGGGAUGUCAAGGAUGAAAUCUCUGGCACGAGGAUAUGUCUACUGGCCUGGUCUCGACGAUGCCAUUGAGAAAAAGGUCCGGAAUUGCACGGAUUGCGCUCUCGCCAGCAAGUCCCCUGUAAAAACACCCCUUGCAUCUUGGCCACUUCCAUCUCGUCCAUGGCAGCGAUUGCAUAUAGAUUAUGCUAAAUACAAAGGGGAAUAUUUUUUCCUUGUUAUUUAUGCAUUUUCUAAAUGGCCUGAGAUUUUCAAGACACGCUCAAUGACGACCGCCCACACCAUCUCACGACUCCGUGAAAUUUUCGCUCGUUUUGGCCUUCCGGAGACGUUGGUGAGCGAUAACGGAACACAGUUUGUCAAUGAGAUGUUCAGCCAUUUCUGGAAAACCAACGGGAUUGUCCACCUUCGAACAACUCCUUACACUCCUGCGAGCAAUGGACAAUGUGAGCGUCUUGUAGACACAUUUAGAGUGGCAAUUCACGAAAUACCCAGACAAAAUUUACUGUUCGGCGGAUAUAGCGAAGACACAUUUUGUGUGGCGAAGUUAUAUAAACGCAAUUGA